GCUACACCCAAUUAUAAAACAAAAAUAAACCAAAUAAUAAUAAAAUAAUAAGGCCAGCUCAAUUAUUUAGGCAGCAACAAGUCACUGAGUGAGAGAGAGACUUGUGGAUUUGUAUCGAAUCUAGAUUCAGAUUCGUUUAUUAGUAAUUAAACACUUGAUCAUCGUGCUUGUGACAUGAGGCCAAGGAUUUAUCUGUUGGGUGAUUCAAUCACCGAGGAGUCAUUCACUGAAGGUGGAUGGGGUGCCACUCUUGCCAACCAUUUCUGCCGCAUGGUCUUUUCACAUGUAAAGUUUGAAGCUUUUGAGAAUGGGGUUGUCGACGAUGGUGAUGUUUUGUUUUGUAUUCUUCAGGUAGAUGUGGUGCUGAGAGGGUAUAGCGGCUACAACACUAGGUGGGCGUUGAAGGUGUUGGAGAAGGUUUUCCCUGAAGCCCCACCACCACAAGGAGAUGGUGGUGCACCGGUUGCUGCUGUCACUGUUUUCUUUGGUGCUAACGAUGCUACCCUUCCAGAUAGGUGUUCUGGUUUUCAGCACGUGCCUCUCAAUGAAUACAAGCACAACCUUCACUCCAUUGUCUCCUUCUUCAAGAAGCUAUGGCCAAAAGCAAUUGUUCUACUCAUAACGCCUCCUCCAAUUGACGAAGUUGCACGUCUUCAAUAUCCAUAUACAGACAACCCACAGGGUCUUCCUGAGAGGACAAACGAAGCUGCUGGCGAGUAUGCUAAAGCAUGCACUGCUGUGGCUGCAGAAUGUGGAGUCCCUGUGAUUGAUCUCUGGACCAAAAUGCAGCAGUGCCCCGACUGGAAGAAAGAAUAUCUAAGCGACGGUUUGCAUCUCACUAAAAAAGGGAAUCAAGUUGUUUUCGACGAAGUGGUGGCGAAGCUGAGAGAUGAAGGCGUGAGUGUUGAAUCAAUGACAGCUGAACUCCCUCUAAUAGCUGAUAUCAAUCCUAAUGAUCCUCUGAAGGCAUUUCAGUAGUAAUAGAAUGAUAUGCCUUUUCUUUGGGGUUAAUGUUGUAUGUUCACCAUUGUUAAAAGAUAUGUUAAUAGCUUUGCUACUUCUGCUAGUUUAUGUAAAAUGAUUUAGGCUUAUGUGGAGAAGUGUUACAAGUUUUCCUUUGAUAAUGGAUAGAUACUUGCAUUGCUCUUGAAUUGUAUUAAAUUACAAUUUUCUGUGUUAA